AGGCCCCCAAAACCGAACGCGAACUCUUCCGGCCAUUGGCCCGAGUCACGACGAAGCUGGUCCCGCGGUUGGUGAGCCUAGAGGUCAGUCAGAGUCAGAGGCAGGGUCAAAUAGGGAGAAAUGGCGCCGGAGCGAGGCAGUGGGUGAGUGAUUUCUGAAGGGGUGGAGGUGUGAGGCGAUUGACGACCGCGGUCAGCCAUGACACAGCUCCCAAAGGGGUGGGAGGUUGACUUCUCUUCUGGCUCCGGCCGUAAUCCGAACGGGAACGUCUGACAUCUACUUCCUCCCACCCGGGUUAGAGGUCAGAGGUCAGAGGCUGCGUCCCCUCUGUGGUGUUUGGACCUCAGGUACUGUGGAAAGCAGUCAGGAUCCCGAGCCAAAGACUCAGCUUCCAGCCACUUACGGAGUAAUGGCCCAUCUUUGGAACAAGAUCAGGGAACUACAUUCCAGCCUCAAGCUUCAGCUUAGUUGGAGCUUGAGAUCCUGAGAGUCUCCUGGCAGAGAAAGUAUUUUGACCUUGGCAUCGAGACAUCUCCCAUCUCCCCCAUGGCCCUGACAAUGCUGAAUGAGCUCCUGAUUGAGGACCCAAGCCCACCUAUGCUGCUGUAUCAGGUUAGCAAGACUGCUCAGUUAGAUACCGUCAACUACCAAAGCUGCUUUAUGCAAGGUGUCUUUGCCCAUUUCCCUGAGAUCUUAUUUAUCCACCGGACCUAUAACCCAGUAGGCAAGGUGCUAUAUACCUUCCUGGUAGAUGGACCUCGGGUGCAGCUGGAGGGUCAUUUUGCCCGGGCAGUGUACUUCGCCAUUCCUGCCAAGGAGGAUGCUGAGGGCCUGGCCCAGAUGUUCCAGGUGUUCAAGAAGUUUAACCCAGCAUGGGAGAGAGUCUGUACCAUCCUGGUGGAUCCCCACUUCCUCCCGCUGCCCACCCUUGCGAUGGAGUUCCCCGCAGCCGAGGUCCUGCUCUCAGCCUUUCACAUCUGUAAGUUCCUCCAGGGCAAGUUCUAUCAGCUGUCCCUUGAACAGCCUGUGGAGAGGGUGCUCCUCACUUCGCUGCAGAGCACGAUGUGCUCGGCCACAGCUGGCAACCUGAGGAAGCUCUAUACACUCCUGAGCAGCUGCAUCCCUCCGGCCCAGCUGCCCGAGCUCCACUCACACUGGCUGCUCAAUGACCGCAUCUGGCUGGCCCACCGCUGGAGAAGCCGAGCUGAGAGCAGCCGCUACUUCCAGGGCCUGGAGGUCACCACCCGCGUCCUCAGCCAGCUCUUCGGCACCACCCCAUGUGUGGAACAAGGCAUGGCCUCUCUGCUCCGAUACAUGCAGCAGAACGCAGGAGACGAGGCAAGCUUCAGCCUGGGCCUGAGUCCCCAGAACAGUCGCACCCCCUUAGAUGUCAGCCCCGAAAGCCCCAAAGCGGAGCAGCUGGUAGAAGCCCGCAUCCAGCGCUCCCUCAAUGCCAUCUGCACGGGGCCAGCCGCCCAGCUCUGUCUGGGUGAGCUCGCUGUGGUCCAGAAAUCUGUGCACCUCAUCGGCUCCGGCUCGGAGAAGGUGAACAUCCAGAUCCUGGAGGACACCCAUCGGGUGCAGCCCCAGCCCCCUACCAGCUGCAGCUGCUACUUUCACCAGGCCUUCCGCCUGCCCUGCCGCCACGUCCUGGCCAUGCUCAGUGCCCGCCACCAGGUGCUCCAGCCCGACAUGCUGCCAGCCCGGUGGACGGCAGGCUGUGCCGCCGGCCUAGACAACAUCCUGGGCAGCAAGUGGAGUGAGACGCUGGAUAAGCACUUGGCUGUGGCUCUCCUCACCGAGGAGGUGGGUCAGCUUUUGCAGCACUGCAGCCAGGAGGAGUUCGAACGGAGGUACAACACCCUACGGGAGCUGGCCGACAGCUGGAUCGGCCCUUAUGAGCAGGUCCAACUCUGAUUAACCCUCCAUGCCCAGAGAUGCGCAUGUACGUGUACACACUCACAUCCACCCCUACACAAACACACACUCACACUUUUACACUUCCGUGGGCCUGCCUUCCAGGAAGGGACAAGGGCCUUCUAUUCUACCGUAGCCUGUUACCUAAAAUGUGUCUAGUUCCUAAGACAGGAGUCAGCAAACCUUUUCUGUAAAGGGCUCGGCAGUAAAUAUUUCAGACUUUGCUGGCCACAGUCUCUGUUGUAUGUUCUUGGUUUGCUUUUGUUUGGCAGCCUCUUCAAAAGCUUAAAAACCAUUCUUAGCUCCAGGGCCUUAGAAACAGGUGGCCCUGCUCUAGGAUAAGACACUGGGUGGAGAUCAAGGACAGGGGUUUGGUAACAGCUUCCCCAGUCAUUAGAUGACUCACCUGACCCACAGAGGAGAGGAGGUAGAUCCCAGCCUUUGUCCCCUGGCCCCCACCUGAAGGUCAUUAAAGUCAAUGUUGCCUAUUCCAGCACUUGUCUUGUCUUCUAGAAGGCAGCAGAGCAAAUAUCGUGGAAAGAAUAGACUUUGGAAUCUGACAUUACAUGCAAAUCCCAGUUCUUUCUCUGCCUGAUUUUUGAGGCCUGAUUGUAGCUUUUACUAGCUCUGGGACAUCAGGCAAGUCACCCCUCAAAAGGCUCAAUCUGUUCAUCUGUAAAAAUGGAGAUCCUCACAGCACUGCUAAGAUUAAAGGGUGCAUGUAAUGGGCCCGUGACCAGUGGGCGCUCAAAUAACUGUUCAUUUUCCUUCCUUGCUCUUGGUCUCAUCACUUGCCCUCAGCUGGCUGGGAAAUGUAAGGCAAGGGGAAAAUUCACAUUGCCUAGGACUUUGUACCAGACAUCUUGAUCGAAUCCCAAAACAAUACAAAAGAGGCCUCCACUCCAAGCUGGGCCCCUACCUCAGGUAAUUUUCAUUACACCAUCUCCUAAUUUAGUGGUGUCUGGAGAAACUUCCUGGGGUCUAGGCCCUGAUGAAAGACUUGUAUUGACCAGAGUGGCUCAAAGAACCCCCUUAUCCCCAUCCAUGUCACAGGCACUCCCAAUUCUAUCUGCCCAAAAACCAUACAGAGAAGCCACCCUGUGUGUCUGGUGCUAUUUCAUCCAGCUAC